AUGGGCAGGGUGCGGGGCGCCUGCGGGCCGGCCCUGCGGGCGCUGCUGUCCCUGGCUGCCGGGCUGCUGGCGUGCGGCGAGGGCAGCGAGUACGACUAUGUGAGCUACCAGUCCGACCUGGGGCCCUACCCGGGCGGGCGCUUCUACACCAAGCCCCACCAGUGCGUGGCCAUCCCGGCUGACCUGCGGCUCUGCCACAGUGUGGGCUACGACAAGAUGGUGCUGCCCAACCUGCUGGACCACGAGACCAUGGCCGAGGUGAAGCACCAGGCGAGCAGCUGGGUGCCACUGCUUAACAAGAACUGCCACAUGGGCACCCAGGUCUUCCUCUGCUCCCUCUUUGCCCCCGUCUGCCUGGACCGGCCGGUGUACCCGUGCCGCUGGCUCUGCGAGGCCGUGCGUGACUCCUGCGAGCCCGUCAUGCAGUUCUUCGGCUUCUUCUGGCCAGAGAUGCUCAAGUGCGACCAGUUUCCCCAGGACGACGUCUGCAUUGCCAUGACAGCUCCAAAUGCCACUGAGGUCUCCAGGCCCAAAGGAACGACUGUGUGUCCCCCUUGCGACAACGAGAUGAAGUCGGAAGCCAUUGUUGAGCACCUGUGUGCCAGCGAGUUUGCUCUUAAGAUGACCAUAAAGGAAGUGAAGAAGGAGAAUGGGGACAAGAUGAUCAUCCCACGGAAGAGAAAGGCGCUGAAGCUGGGACCCAUCAGGAAGAAGAACCUGAAGAAGCUGGUGCUGUUCCUGAAGAAUGGUGCCGACUGCCCAUGCCAUCAGCUGGACAACUUCGGCCACUACUUCCUGAUCAUGGGCCGCCAGGUGAAGACCCAGUACCUGCUGACGGCCAUCUACAAGUGGGACAAGAAGAACAAAGAGUUCAAGAAGUUCAUGAAGAAGAUGAAGUCACCAGAUUGCCCGACAUUUCCAUCCGUCUUCAAGUGAUGAAGCGGGUGGCGGGAGAGCUGCUGGCCCACGCCCUGGGCAUGGCGGUUCCAGCCUCGCUCCCUCUGCUGUGGGCACGCAGGGGCCGAGCCCCUCCUGUUCCUCCUCAUCCUUCUGAGCUUCCUCCCCAGGCCCCAGCCCUCCCGCAUUCCCCUGCCGGCAUUCUCCUGACUGCCAGAGCAUGCGAGUGUGAUGAGCGAGCACUGAGCUGUCUCUGAGGUCACAGACUAUUUGCAUCUGCAAUAGCCAAAGACCUAUUGCUGCAAGGAUAUGUAAAUUCCUUUAAAUAGCAGCUGUCAGGUAAAGAGGGCAGGCAGAGGGGUGUGAAGUUGUCAAUUGCAUGAUUGCAGAAAGGACACUUGUGACCGCUUUCCUCCUGUGUUCACGGCUGCAAGAGCACCCUGAGUUAAUUCCUGUUUGAACCAGAGCCAGCUUGUUAGAAAAACAUCCCAUCCUGACGAUAAAAGUUAAUAAAUGAGUGAUGGAGAAUCUGCCACAACCUCGGAUAAAACCUCCUAAUGGCUAAUUGCCCUCGCUGUAAAACAAACAAACAACAUUCUAGUCUAAAUUUGUUUGGUCUGGGCCUGAGCCCUGGCAUCCUCGUGGUGCCUUGGUCGGCUGGAUGGGAGAGGUCCCGGCCCUUGUGCCUCCCAGUGCCAACCCGCCAAGGCAGAGCCCCGUGCCCGGCUGGCCUCGUCCCUGUGGAAAUGUGUGCUGCUUGGUGGCCAGCCCCACUGCUGGCAGAGCCUGUGGCCAGCCCCUCCUUUUUGUGUCACUUGCUCACUUUACCAGUGAUAUUUUUAUGGUGUCUUCAGGCUGCUGGCCAAAUAUCGGAUUGCAGAAGGGCAAGGAUCGGUGCCCGUGGAGCACCGCAGGAAAUGCAUCAUCUCCACGUUUCCCUCCCUGCAGUCACCAUGGGACCUAUCGGUGUCUGGACUUCAGUCCAUUUGAUGUGUGACAACUUGGCUUUAUAUCAUUCUGUUUUUUUUUUUUCCUUAAUCAAAAUGUCACGUUAGCACGAGGUCAAGUCAUUUAUGAAAGACAAAGACUAUUGCAUCCAAAUGAUUACAUUUAUCGACCAAGCUGAAAUUCAUUAUUCCAUUAAUUGGACAAGUUCUCUUUCCCAUAGACCCAUAUUGCUCCACAUUAAUUAUGCUAUCCUGCUUCCAUUCAUUGUUCUCAUCAAUCAUGAUUGCUCUAAGAGAAUGAAUAUCUUGCAAUUUGAGAUAAUCCUGUUGCAUUGCAGUUAAGUGAAAUAACAAAAACUCAUUUUUGACGUUUAAACCAACCCUGCUCAAAGCUGGUGAAUUAAUUAUUUUCUAGCUCAGGAGUGCUGUUUAUUCCCUUUAUGGGGUUUGAGAUGUGGAUUUUACUGUAGAUAAAUUCCAUGAAUAAGCCAAGCACCCAGAUGAAUGAUGUUUCAAAACUACCAGAGAGCUGGAGUUAGGAUGUGAACUCUUUAGAAAAUCCCACAAAGUUGUCUUAGACCACCAUGUGUAGUAGUGUUGUUUCUUCGAUGCAAAGUUAAUCAUUGUAGACAAUGUACCUUAUCAGUGAAUUAAAACAAAAAACACACAAAAAACACACUAAGCUUUCGCACCACAGAUUGAUGAGGCGAACUGAUGGGGAAGGCGGACAAACGAAGCCUCAUCAGAAGGAGGCCGUGGCCUGCAGUUGGGACCCUUUGAGCUACCAGCACGGUUCUCUCGGUGCACCCGUGGCACCAGCCAGUUUCUUCCCGCAACUGAGUGAAAAUCAGCAGGACGGGAAUUGGUUCUGCAUCAGAGAGAGAUGCUUAAAGGUUUAGUUGGGCUGGGAUCUUCACACUCUCACCAGGCUGCUUGUAUGGGUCCCGCUGGCCACUUCUAGAAAAGUGGGCUUU